AUCUAGUUAUUGCCAAGUUGUCGCCGUGCCGUAGACAACAUGACGCGCGUUCAGUUGGGGAUAAUGUCCAUGCUGCUGGUCCUGCUGGUGGCCACCGCCACCCAGGCAGCUGUUGUGCGCAGCUUUCCGCCCUUCGAGCAGCUGCAGAGCCUGGAGAAUCCCAAUCUCCGAGCAGCUGUGACGCCACUCGCCGACGAGGACAACUAUCGCCUGCCCAACGAAACGAAUCCGCUUCACUACGACGUCUACCUGUCCACCAAUGUGCACCUUGGCGAGACUGGCUUCAAUGGCACCGUAUCGAUUACCCUCGAGAUUCUGGAGACUAUUUCGGCGAUCGUUGUGCAUGCCCGCCAGCUGGCUAACUUCACCGCCAGCAUACAGCAGCUCGGAGUCGAGGGAGCCGUCGAGCAGACCCUUGUCUAUAACUAUGAGCUAGAGCGCGAGUUCCUCACACUGAGCCAGACGGGUCUGAGCUUCCCGGCGGAUACCAAGUGGCUGCUGAAGAUCAGCUACCAGGGAAAUCUGCGCACGGACAACGGCGGCUUCUACCUGUCCACGUACACGGAUGAGGAGGGUAACACCAAGUACCUGGCCACCACCCAGUUCGAGAGCACCGACGCCCGUCACGCCUUCCCCUGCUACGAUGAGCCCGCGAAGCGUGCCAAUUUCACCAUCACCAUCAAGCACGAUCCCUCCUACAAUGCCAUCAGCAACAUGCCCCAGAACGAGACUGCCUCCAGCUCUGGAGUUACUGUCUUCAAUACGACCUUUAAUAUGCCCUCCUAUCUGGUGGCCUUCAUUGUCUCCAAGUUUGUCUACUCGGAGGGAGAGUUGAAUGGCCUGCCACAGCGCGUCUUCUCCCGCAAGGGCACCGAGCACGAGCAGGAGUGGGCACUGACCACCGGCAUGCUGGUGGAGAAGCGUCUCUCCGACUACUUUGGCGUCAAGUUUGCCCUGCCCAAGCUGGACCAGGCGGGUAUUCCCGAUUUUGCUGCCGGCGCCAUGGAGAACUGGGGCCUGGCCACCUAUCGCGAGGAGUACCUUCUGUACAAUCCGGAGAACUCGACGAUCAACACACAGACGAAUAUUGCCACCAUCGAAGCGCACGAGGACGCGCACAUGUGGUUCGGGGAUCUUGUGGCCAUCGAAUGGUGGACCCAUCUGUGGCUCAAGGAGGGUUUCGCCACGCUCUUCGAGCAUCUGGCUGUGGAUCUGGCCUAUCCGGAAUGGGACAUUUUCCAGCUCUUCCAUGCCGGCUCCUUCCAGAGCGCUCUGAUCAACGAUGCCACACCCAAUGCCCGUCCCAUGUCCUACUUCGUGCAGAAGCCCUCGGAGAUUGGCCUGCUCUAUGACUCGGUUUCGUACGCCAAGGCUGGCUCGGUGCUGGACAUGUGGCGUCAUGCCCUCACCAACACCGUCUUCCAGCGCGGUCUGCACAACUACUUGGUGGCCAACCAAUACUCCGCCGCCAAUCCCACACAGUUGUUCGAGGCCAUUGCCCUGGCCGCCGUGGAAGAGAACCACGCGGUGCCCGCGCUCGUCACUGACAUGAUGGGCAGCUGGACAAACCAGGGCGGAGUGCCGCUGCUGACCGUGGAGCGCAACUACGAUAAUGGCUCCUUCACCAUCAAGCAGCAGACGUACACCAACGACAAGGACUACACCAGCGACAAGCUGUGGUAUGUGCCCGUCAACUAUGUGGACGCCUCGAAUCCCGAUUUCCGCAACACCGAGGCCACCCACUACCUGCUCAACCAGAGCCAGAUAAGCGUCCCGGAUGCCCAGCUGGCUGCCGAUAAUUGGCUCAUACUGAACAAGAAGUCCACCGGCUACUAUCGCAUCAACUACGACACCCAGAACUGGGAGCUCAUCAUCGCUGGACUGAUCGAUCGUCCGCACAAAAUCGAUCCCCGCAAUCGCGCCCAGAUGGUCAGCGAUUUGUAUCGCUUUGCCACCAGCGGCCGUGUGCCCCAUCACACCCUGCUCACACUGCUCACGUACCUGCCCCAGGAGGAUCAGUACGCGCCCUGGUCGGCGGUCAAUACGGUGAUCUCGCUGUUCAACCGCUACCUCAGCGGCGAUGCCGACUACGAGAACUUCCAGUUCUAUGUGGCCGAGCUGGUCAGCAAGCAGUUCGACGUGUUCGGCGUGAACGAUCUGAACGGGGAGCAGCACUUGGUGAAGUACACGCGCAAUCUGCUCAUCAAUAUCGCCUGUCUGGCCGGUGUCGAGAACUGCCUGAAGGAGACCAAGGCGAAGCUGCAGAAUCUGGUCGAUAAUGGCACACCCGUCGAGCCCAAUCUGCAGUCGCAGGUCUACUGCAAUGGCCUCAAGCAGGCCGAGUCGCAGAUCUUUGACUUUGUGUUCGAGAAGCUGAUGGACUCCAAUGACCAGGCCGAACGCCGUCUGCUCAUCUCGGCCCUGGGCUGCUCCCAGGAUGCCGCUCAGCUGGAGAAGUUUGUGUCGAGCAGCAUUGACGAGACGAAUGGCCUGCGCGUCCAGGAGCGCAUCACCCUGCUCAGUCCGGCCUAUUCGCGCGGCGAGAUUGGUCUGCUGGCAUCGAUAGACUUCCUGCUGGAGCACUGGGAGGAGUAUGCCCUUCUGAACACCGGUUUCGGUGGCAUCAAUCCCCUCUAUGCUGACAUCAUUGGCAUAUCCGCCUAUGUGGUGAACGCCAAGCAGAAGGAGAGGCUGCAGGAGCUGGUGGAUCUGGUCAAGGACUCCACCUUCGUGCCCGUGACGCUGCAAGCCAGCGUCGAUAGCAAUGUGGCUGCCAACGAUGAGUGGCUGAAGGUUAACCGUGAGCCCCUCAUGACUUGGGUAGCCAACUUCCGCAACAGCAGCGCUGCCCUGAGCACCUCCUUCCUGGCCCUGGUCCUGUGCCUGUUGGCCUCCAAGCUGUUUUAGUUUCUAGCUGCUAGUCCCUACAACUAUUGUAAGUCAUAAGUAAUUGGCACUCGAUGAGAAAUGUUCAUCAAUAAAAAAAACUCCAUUACAUAAGAAAA